AUGGCGGAUUCCCCAGACGAGAGGCCGGGUUCCUCCCCGUCCGCGCCCCAGCGACGCCGCGAGAGAGCUCCAACAAUCACCAUCGACACCUCUGCCAUCACCCAGAGCCCAGAUCACCCCAUCCCGCCUCCCCAGAUCAUCCCGCCGCCCUCGCAACCUUCCCUGCAGGUCACUUCAGACAAUGCCGAAGCGACGGACACCAGGGCGCUCCUGAACAACGACAGCAUCACGCCCUCUGAAGGCGUUUCCCCUGGCUCCAUUCGUUCAUUCGGCUCCUCCGAACUCCGCGACUACGAUAGCCGGCCUACCUCCCCCCAUAACUUCUCAUCUCCCGCCUCCAAGAUGACCGAGCCGACGCCCAAUUCCAACUUCCUCUCCGUCCCGGGUGCGAGGUCGCGCGGGAACUCCCUGGAGUCCGAAGACACGAACCAUUCCUCGGCAUCAUACGGCGGAGAGACGUUCAUCGGCACGUCAGGAUCGCAAGGGUCCCGGGCGGACUUGAACCGGAGUGUUGUGCUCGACGACGAAGAGGCCCUCCGACCCGAUCCCGGCCGGGAAGAUGAGUUCGAUGUGGAGGAUAAUCGAUUCGCCUUCUCCCCGGGUCAGUUGAAUAAACUGCUCAACCCGAAGAACCUUGGCGCGCUACAUGCCCUCGGUGGUCUGCGUGGGUUGGAAAAGGGUCUGCGGACGAACAUCAACAGCGGUCUGAGCCUGGACGAGACGACACUGGAGGGCUCCAUCAGUUUUGAAGACGCAACUUCGACGACACCCCAGGACCCCGUCCCCAAAGCAGCUUCCCAACCACCGCGUCAGGCUACCACGUCUACCAUGGGCACAUCCCCGAAGCAAUCCGACGACUCCUUCUUUGAUCGAAAACGCAUCUAUACCGAAAAUAAGCUACCCGAAAGAAAAACCAAAAAUAUCCUGCAAUUGGCCUGGAUCGCAUACAAUGACAAGGUGAUCAUUCUCCUGACGGUGGCCGCCAUCAUCUCCCUUGCCCUCGGAAUUUACCAGUCGGUGCGGCCAUCGGACGGCGAGGCCCGGGUGGAGUGGGUCGAAGGCGUUGCCAUUAUCGUGGCCAUCUUGAUUGUUGUGGUGGUGGGUGCGGCCAACGACUGGCAGAUGGAACGUCAAUUCGUGAAACUGAACAAGAAAAAAGAAAACCGGAUGGUCAAGGUGAUCCGUUCUGGAAAGACGAUGGAGAUCUCGGUUCACGAUAUCCUCGUGGGUGAUGUGAUGCAUCUUGAACCGGGUGACAUGGUUCCGGUGGAUGGCAUCUUUAUUGACGGCCAUAACGUCAAGUGUGACGAGUCCUCGGCGACCGGUGAGUCUGACUUGUUGCGCAAGACUUCGGGAGAUGAAGUCUACCGUGCGAUUGAGCAUCACGAAAAUGUCGCCAAACUGGAUCCUUUCAUCGUAUCCGGCGCGAAGGUGUCCGAGGGAGUGGGAACGUUCUUGGUCACGUCGGUGGGCAUUCACUCGACAUACGGAAAGACGUUGAUGUCCUUACAAGAUGAGGGCCAAAGCACGCCCCUUCAGGCGAAGCUGAACGUAUUGGCCGAAUACAUCGCCAAGCUUGGUCUGUCCGCCGGUCUGUUGUUGUUCGUGGUGCUCUUCAUCAAAUUCCUUGCCAACCUGAAGCAUGGGGGUACUGCCGACGAAAAGGGUCAGGCGUUCCUGCAGAUCUUCAUUGUUGCUGUGACUAUCAUCGUCGUGGCGGUUCCCGAAGGACUCCCCCUGGCGGUCACGCUAGCGCUUGCGUUCGCCACGACGCGUAUGCUCAAGGAUAACAACUUGGUGCGGCUGUUGAGAGCCUGUGAAACCAUGGGCAAUGCGACCACCAUUUGCUCCGACAAGACAGGAACCCUGACGGAGAACAAGAUGACGGCCGUAGCCGCUACUUUGGGACUCGCGUCAAAAUUUGGAGACAAAUCCGCCGAAUCGGCCUCUCCGCAUGGUUCAAGUGGAAACCCAGAUCCAUCAAACCCCUUGUCACCCUCUGAAUUUGCCUCGAGCCUGUCUGAUCCUGCGAAACAACUCCUGCUCGACUCCAUCGUGCUCAACUCAACCGCGUUUGAAGGUGAAGAGGAUGGCAAGAUGACCUUUAUCGGCUCAAAAACUGAGACGGCCCUCCUCGGCUGGGCUCGAACGUAUCUGGGGAUGGGUUCGGUCAGCGAGGGUCGGGCCAAUGCCGAAAUUGUCCAGAUGGUACCGUUUGAUUCCGGCCGCAAGUGCAUGGCAGUUGUCAUCAAGAUGGAUAAAGGGAGAUAUCGGAUGCUGGUUAAGGGUGCCUCGGAAAUUCUGGUCGCCAAAUGUACGCGUGUCGUUGAAGAUCCGACGAAGGACUUGUCUGAAAAGCCUAUUUCCGAUCAAGACCGGACCACGCUGGACACCCUCAUCACCCGCUAUGCCUCUCAGUCACUGAGGACCAUUGGUCUGGUCUAUCGCGAUUUCGAGCAAUGGCCCCCUCGCGGCGCUCGCACCCUAGAGGAUGACCGCAGCCGCGCCGAUUUCGAUUCGUUAUUCAAGGACAUGGUGUUGUUGGGCGUCUUUGGUAUCCAAGAUCCUCUCCGAGCCGGUGUUACUGAAUCGGUCAAGCAAUGUCAGCGAGCGGGGGUCUUCGUGCGAAUGGUCACGGGUGACAAUAUCCUGACGGCGAAGGCCAUUGCCCAAGAAUGCGGCAUCUUCACGCCCGGAGGAAUUGCCAUUGAAGGACCCAAGUUCCGCAAGUUGAGCACCAAACAGAUGACGCAGAUCAUCCCACGACUGCAGGUUCUCGCCAGAUCCAGUCCCGAUGACAAGAAGAUCCUCGUCACGCAGCUGAAAAAGCUCGGGGAGACGGUCGCGGUCACCGGAGACGGUACAAACGACGCCCAGGCUUUGAAGACCGCCGACGUUGGUUUCUCCAUGGGCAUUACCGGUACAGAAGUUGCAAAGGAGGCCUCGGACAUCAUCUUGAUGGACGACAACUUUGCAUCGAUCAUCAAGGCCAUGGCCUGGGGUCGGACAGUGAACGAUGCGGUCAAGAAAUUCCUGCAAUUCCAAGUCACCGUUAACAUCACAGCUGUAGUUCUGACCUUUGUCUCGGCCGUGGCUAGCGACAGUGAAGAGUCCGUCCUGACUGCUGUUCAGCUUCUCUGGGUCAACCUGAUUAUGGACACUUUCGCAGCCCUCGCCCUGGCGACAGACCCGCCGUCUCCCUACGUUCUGAACAGGAGGCCCGAGCCGAAAUCAGCGCCGCUGAUUACCUUGACUAUGUGGAAAAUGAUCAUCGGACAGAGUAUUUAUCAACUAGCCGUCACGCUGGUUCUGAACUUUGCCGGCCAUAGCAUCUUGGGCUAUGAGGGUACAGUCCUCCAGACUGUGGUGUUCAACACCUUUGUGUGGAUGCAGAUCUUCAACCAAUGGAACUCGCGCCGGCUGGACAACAACUUGAACAUUUUCGAGGGGUUGUUCCGCAACCGGUGGUUCAUCGGAAUUCAGUUCAUUAUCAUUGGAUUUCAAAUCUUGAUUGUCUUCAAGGGUGGCCAGGCCUUCUCCGUGCACGAACUGAACGGGGCCCAAUGGGGAGUUUGUUUGGUGCUUGGUGUUAUUUCGCUUCCCGUCGCGGUGAUCAUCCGGCUUUUCCCUGACGAGUUUAUCUCCAGACUCAUUCCAAGGUUCUGGCAUCGGAAGAAGAGCCCCAAGCUUUUGGUGUCAGACGAGGACCGGCGGUAUGAGUGGAACCCGGCUUUGGAGGAGAUCCGGGAUCAGUUGAAAUUCCUCAAGACGGUCCGUGGAGGUCGUUUGCGGCAUCUCAAACACAAGCUUCAGCAUCCGGAGGAGCUUUUGCCGCGAUCUCGCAGCAAUUCCCGCUCACGAGACGAUUCGAUCCCGGGUACUCCUGUGGGUGAUGGCAGUAGUUCUCCGCCCCAGCCGGCCACGCCGGAACGGUCGAGACGGCGUACUCGGUCUCGCUCCAGCUCGACUUUUGGACCUGCAGCGGCAAUGGCCGGCGUUGUGGCCGGGAGCAUCGCUGGCUGGUCGCCAAUUGAAAGAGCGCCCUCGGGAGAAGGAGAAUCGUUCAAAUUCGAUACGAACAACCCACGGGCCGGACUGGCCAAGCAGCAGGGCAUUGAGAUUCAUCCUGACACGGCCGCGGAUGACCAGAUUGUGGGCGAUUACCUAGCUACGUCGAAGACUCCUCCCAGCCAGAACCCAGACCUCCUCCCUUUCUUUGAACAUGCUCCUGUCCGGGCCCCCUCCAGCCACAGCAGGAGGUCCACGUCGCAGCGAUCUCGCUCAAGCCAGAGCCAAAGCCGGUCGUAG